ACUGGGCUUUGCAAAAUUUCCCUUCUGAUGGAGUGCUGGGGGGGCUGGAGCCCGGCGCUCGGAGUGGCCGCGGGGUCCCCGCCGUGGGGCUGCAGAGCCCGGUGCUGGCUGCCUCUUUAAGACAGAAAAGCGAACUCUCUGGCUGCCACUUUGUGGAGUUUCGACCAGAUCUCUGUUUUCAUUAGCAUUUCGUUUCAUCUCCUCCUCUUCCCCCCCAGCCCCACCUCCUCCGAAUCAGCAUUUCUGCAUCCUUUUCCGUGCAUCACAGAGCAGCAGGUAAAGUCUGGCUGGCACCUGCACACACACACACACACACACACACACACACUCCUACACUCGCACCCCUGCACGCUCAACACCCCUCUGCCGGGGAGGGGAGAGACACCUUCCCACACUCCUGCGUGUUGCAUCUUCCUCCUCCUCACGGGCGAGCUUGGCUGGGAGCAUCCCCGCGCUCGCCUCAGGGCUGCUCUGCCUCUCCUCGCUGUCUCCGGCUGCAAGAGCAGCAGCGCUCAGGCACGGAGCUGUGCUCAGCGGGGCCCCGCUGCCCGGGGGACGAGCGCUGCAGGUAGCCAAGCCCAGCGGGGGGGCAGAGAGCCAAGCACUGGGGGUUCAGUGCAACCCCAGCAGCUGAAACGUCCCAGCACCUGGAGUAUCCUGGGUGCAGAGCAUCCCUGGCAUCUGGAGCAUCCUGGGAUCCAGAGCAUCUACAGCAUCUGAAGUAUCUUGGGGUCCAGAGCAUCUGGAGCAUCCUGGGGUCCAGAUUAUCCCCUGGUCCAGAGCAUCAGAGCAUCCAGAGCACCCCCAGCAUCUCGAGCAUCCCGGCCGCCCGGAGCAUCCCUGGCAUCGUGAGCAUCAAGCCCACCAGAGCAUCCCGUUGCCCGGAGCAGCCCCGGCGUCGUGGGCAUCCCGUCAUCCAGAGCAUCCCAAGCCUCCCUGGUUGUCCAGAGCAUCCCCAGCAUCCAGGGACAUCCCACCGCCGGGGAAAAUGCAGAGACGAGGAGAUGCCUGGCUGUGAGUAACGGGGAGGGGAACCUUGCUACUGCUGAUCGGCUCCUGGGAAUGUCACUCUGCCCUGACUGCCAGUGAAGAGAGGUGGGGGGAAGAGAGGUUGAGGAGGAGAGGAGAAAGGAGGAUGGACAGUGAGAUGGUUCUUCUUGCCCUGGAGCUGGCUCUGGCGAUGAUCACCUAGCGCAGGUCACGGCCGGAGAAGGUCCCCCCAGCUCCAGAGCCAGCCCCGCCGCCCGGCUCCUCAUGGAGGGUGAUUUGGGGGCCCCCAACGCCAGCGUGCUGGGGGAGCGCUCGCUGUUGGUGGGGAGCAGCUGGGUGGCCGCUUUCCUCUGCUUCAUCAUCCUGCUGACCACGGCGGGGAACUUCCUCCUCAUCCUCCUCAUCGUCACCCAGCGCUCUCUCCGCAACACCUCCAACUACUUCCUGGUGUCCCUCUUCAUGUCUGACCUGAUGGUGGGGCUGGUGGUCAUGCCCCCCGCCAUGCUCAACCAGCUCUACGGCCGCUGGGUGCUGCGGGGUGACUUCUGCUCCCUCUGGUACUCCUUCGACGUCAUGUGCUGCAGCGCCUCCAUCCUCAACCUCUGCGUCAUCAGCUUGGACCGCUACCUGCUCAUCAUCUCCCCCCUCAAGUACAAGCUGCGGAUGACCUCCUGCAGAGCCCUCUGGCUCAUCCUGGCCACCUGGACCUUGGCUGCGCUGGCCUCCUUCCUACCCAUCAAGAUGGGUUGGCACGAGCUGGAGUUUGAGGUCCGGUCCCCAAACGUCACCUCCCGGGGGGACGAGGACCAGUGCCGGCUGCUGGUCAGCUUGCCCUACGCCUUGGUGGCCUCCUGCCUGACUUUCUUCCUCCCGUCCACUGCCAUCUCCUUCACCUACUGCCGCAUCCUCCUGGCAGCCCGCAAGCAAGCGGUGCAGGUGGCUUCCCUCGCCUCCAACGUGGCCACCACCACCACCACCACCGACGAGACCACGCCGCAGGUCCCCCGCCCCCCGAGCCAGCCCGUGGCCAGCAGCGAGAGCAGGAGGUUUGCCAACAAGCACAGCAAGAAGGCGCUGAAAGCCAGCCUGACGUUGGGAAUCCUCCUGGGCAUGUUCUUCGUGGCUUGGCUUCCGUUCUUUGUCACCAACGUGGCGCAGGCAGUCUGCAGCUGCGUCCCAGCCGGCUUCUUUGACGUGCUCACCUGGCUCGGGUACUGCAACAGCACCAUGAACCCCAUCAUCUACCCGCUCUUCAUGAGGGACUUCAAGAGGGCCAUGGGCAAGUACCUGCCCUGCUGCCGGCACUCGGGGGAGCCCCGUCCCAGCGCCAUCUCCCUCUCCAUGAGGAACUCCAACAGCGGACCCCGCGCCGCCACCUCCCUCAAGAAUGUCCUCACCUUGCAGGCCGAGACCGACUCGGUGGACUCGGGGGUGCUGGGGAACGAACAGAGCCUGCUGCCAGCCGCCGAGGGCUCCCCGCCUCCCCCGGCCCCCCGCGCACGCUUUGUCAACCUUUUCGAGGCGGAGGAGCCCCCGGACGCGGAGCGGCAGCCCAGGCAGCUCGGCACCCCCGUGGCCUGAGCAAGGAGGUCCUGAUGG